AUGGGUCUGGGGAUGCUUCUCUUUGUGGCGCAGUUCUUGGAUUUCCUAUGUACUACCAUGGCGACGCUGGUCUUGAUAGCACUCGUCCACGGUGUCUACAUCACGCGACCUUGCGUGCCAGUUGGAAGUGAAGAACGAACUGCGCUUCUGCAGGUCACUGGUGGCUUCGCCUCGACCUACCUGUUCUCCACGCUGGCCUGCGGCUUCAAGGUCGAUGGAUUGCUCAGCCCAUUCGGGGUGCUCCGCGGCCCGGCCUCCUGGCCGUACAUCCUCGCGCGGGCGUGCACCGGUGUGUUUUGUUUUAAUCGGGGCAUGAAGCUGGCGAACGAGGACAGCUCCGGGGACAAGAAGAGGCUCAUCUUGAGGCGUGCCGCCGCGGGCCGAGUGGCGCCCGGCGCCAUCAGAGGGGUCCACAACCUCGCCGCUCGCUUGGCAUACGGCGGCCUGCUGGGGACGGGGGGCGCUUCUACCAUGGCCGAGUAUGCGCUCAUCCCGUGGGUAGACCACAGGCAGCGCCGAGGCGAGGGCCGCAUCGGAGGCCUCACGCAGGCGAGCCUCCCGCGAGAGCCCUCGGCACGGCUGCCAGAGUUGGACGUCCCUGCUUCGCAGAGCCCAGCGGAGAGCGAGGAGACGAGCGUGGGAUUGCGCAGCACCGAUCUGGAGGCCAAAGCGUUCAACAAGCUUUCGGGGCAACGCAUGGGAGAGGGCGCCUAA